CAACAGCAACAGCAGCAGCAGCAGCAGCAGCAGCAGCAGCAGCAACCGUGGGGUGAUUUGUUCGGCAACUGCAGCUUCAUGGCCGACGACACGAAUCUUAGCCAACCCCUGCCACGAAGCCCCCGAACCGAGGCCGUUUCCACGGGACAAGACUCCCCACACGGGUGGGCAGGCCUCGGCAGCCAACGCCAGGUCUCGCAAAUGCAGCCCUUGCUCAUGUCUUCGGCUGGGAUGUCGCAGUUGCAAGGCCGGACGCUAGUUGGGGGUGCUGCAAACGUGGGCAGUCUUGGGUGGAGCAGCAUGAGCAACACCACCGGCCUACCAUCGUUGUCGCCAUUGUCGUCAGCACCAUCACAAGCGAGUGGUGGACCGUCGUCUCCGCAGCAACGCCAAAGCCAACACCUUGCGAUAGGCCAGGCCCCCGGUGCUUCUCCUAGACCUCAAUCGACGUCGCUGGGGAGCGAGAGCCAUGAGAGACAAGAACAGGGAAUGGUCUAUGAUAUCUGAACCCCGCUUGGCUUGUCUGCCUUACGUGUGACAUCACUUGUGUGGAUGGUGACAAUCCUUACAAAACCGGCCGCCCCUUCUGUCUUGUGUCGAGCGGGAUCGUCUUGUCGUUUUUUUACUCCGUCUGUCUCUUCUUGCCUUGUGUUUUAUUAUGUCUCCAAACCAAUGGGGAGACACAUUUUGGCAUGCUGUUGUUUGUUUGUUUGACAUCAGCUGCCACCGUGGCAGUUCGACCGAAAAUCGAGCUAGCUCGCGUUGAUUUGUUUCUACUGCUGAAACGGCGUGUCCUUGCCCC